AUGUUAUUACCAAAUUGGCUUGUCUUUUCAACUCGAAGUAUACCUUUUCGUACAAGCGUAUAUUAUGGUCUAUUUAAGAAAUGUACAGGAUAUAAUGAUACGUGCCGCCCUUUCCCAUCUGUGGAUCAACAUGAUUGUAAUGAACGUAAUUUUUGUGAGGAGUGGGAGGCUGCCGCCAUUGGAAUGAUCCUUGCCGCUGUCGUUGGUGGACUGGCCUGGUUACAUUUGGUAUCGGUUCUAGUUGGUGGCAGAGCGAUGAGAGAAAAAGCAUGGAAGAUAUUAUCAGUUCUGUUCUUUGUAUACGGUAUAAGAAAAUUCGCUAUUCUUCAAUUUUCGAGCAUUGCUUUUAUUGCACACCUUUAUUCAACGGCGGAUACAUUUUAUUAUGGAACCAAAUACGAUGUUAGUUUUGUACUUGCUAAUGUAUCCGCAUCAUUGAGCAUUGUGCUCGGAAUCACUCUGUUCAUGAACGGAUUGCUAUCGCCACCGGAGUAUAUGCACAUAUAA